CGACGGCGUUCGAUUGCCAUUGCUCAAUCUUCUGACCAUGCCAAAGCAGGCCGACGACAACCGCAAGGGGUUCCUUUGGGGCCUCGUCAUGCUCGUGUCCGGCACCAUGUGCACCAUCAUCACCAAGGUGCAGUACGGCCUGCGCGCCGAAGGCACGGAGACGUGCAUCGUGAACGGCACCGCGACGCACGUGUGUCUGUUCGACAAGCCAUGGUUCGGCGUGCUCCAAAUGAAGCUGGCCAUGGCAUUCUGCAUUGUGAUUUUGAUGAUCCGUCAAAAGGUGCAGAAGCGAUCGUACUUGGAAACCCCCGUGAUGAACAUGCAAAAGCACGGCAAGAAGUUCAUGGCCACGCCGAAAGCCGCGCCGGGUGGUCGCUCGACCGAGCGCACGCCGUUUGUCGCGACGUCGUCUCACGCGACUAGCUGGGAAACUAUCUUUUGGAUUUUGUUACCAUCGUUCCUCGACUUGCUCAACACGGUGCUCGCCAACAUUGGCCUGCUGUGGGUGUCGUCGUCCAUCUACCAAAUGUCCCGCGGGUCCGUCGUGCUCUUCAACGCCAUCUUUUCCGUGCGGUUCAUGGGCAAGAAGCUCUUCGCGUACCAUUACUUGAGCAUCUUGGUCGUCAUGACCGCCGUCGCCGUCGUCGCAUACGCGGGCAUCAUGCAGUCCAACGCCGCGGCCACUUCGUCGUCCGUGGAAGACCAGGAGAAGCACUCCAACCAAGUGCUGGGAUUGGGUCUCAUCUUCGUGUCGCAGCUGAUCACGGCCGUCCAGAUCGUCGUGGAAGAGUGGUUUCUCACCACCCGCCAUGUGAGUCCGCUGACGUUGGUUGGGUGGGAAGGCAUCUGGGGCCUCGCCUUCUUCGCGGUGCUCACGCCGCUGCUCAUGGCCACGCCCCCCGGGGACUCGGCGCUGUCCAAGAUCUGGCACGAGGACUUUGUCGACACGUUCGUCAAGAUGGGCAACUCAUGGGUCGUCACCGCCACCGUGCUGCUGUACAUUGUCUUGAUCGGCCUCUUCAACGUGCGACUCUACUUCCAUCAAAACAACAACGAUAGCAUGACACUAAUGACGUGGCACUGCUGUAGCUCGCGGCCAACUUUGUGACCAAGUACUUGAGCUCGGUGGUGCGCAGCAUCUUGGACGUAAGGGCACUCUCUUCCAUGACCCUCUCCAGAUCAUCUCAUCAUGCUCAUGCAUGUUCGUUGACUAGACGUUGCGCACCCUGGGGGUGUGGGUGCUGUCGCUCUUUAUCUUUUACGUCGUGCGGUGGACAGGGGCCAACUCACCUGGCGAACAGUGGACGGUCUGGAGCUGGCUGGAACUGGCCGGGUUUGCACUGAUGGUGGCUGGCACGUUGGCGUACAAGAAGAUAUUCCAUCUGCCUAUCAAGAGUUUGUACGAAGCCGAAGAGAAGGCGACGGCGGCCGCGCUUGUCAAGUCCCCGUUCAUGGCCAACAUGCAUUAAGCUGUGGAGGCCAGACACCACGUCCACUUCGUUCUAGGGACUAGAAUAUCAUGCAAUACUACUACAUAGUACUAUUGUAGAACCA